GCUGCUAUUGCCCACGUCAGUGUCGGGUCUGAGUUUUGCGCCAAGCGUGUGAGAGGGAUGAGCAUUUGCUAUUGCGCAAUCGACUUGGUUAUUCCACAGAGAAGUUUCAGCUCUAUGCCCGCGAGUGCGUAGUGUUCUCCGCUAGGCGACACCUCACUUCUAAGAAGCUCAAGGCCGCAGUUCGAGCUGUAGCAUCAGUGAUUAGUGCGUAACGAGUUGAAUCGUCUGCUAAAUCCAGAUUAAGUCACAUUCGACUAGCCUCGGAAAUGCGCGACGCGAGUGAACACUAGACGUCGCGAACCUCGCUAACUAGCUCGUCAGCGAUCCACGUUGUCAGCUUAGAGAGCGUAGUCAUAAACAGAAACAAAAAGAUAGAAAGAUGCGAAGGAAGGCUAAAUCAACUGGGCGGGAUUUAGAUCCAGCCAUGAGGGCUGCGGUUGUCCUCGCUAUAGUGAUGAGCGCCGCUUCGUUAGUAGCAGCGACGGACUGGACGGGGAUCGCGAUGAAGCUGGAUCCGAGCAAUCAGAUCCUAUCCACGUGGGACAGCAACUCUGACGCGUGUGCCAACCCGCCAUUCAAAGGGGUGAAGUGUAACGCGAAGAACGAGGUGGUUGAGAUUUCGCUACGCAGCCUCGCGCUGUCCGGCGAAGUGCCGCCCGAAAUCGUUCAGAUCAACACGCUCACGUGGCUAGACCUCGGCGAAAACUCGCUGCAUGGUAACAUCCCCGUCGACAUCGCCAACCUUCCUUCACUGAUGGUCCUGAACCUCUGCUGUAACAACAUCGGGGGAGUAAUACCGGACCUCGGCCGAAUGACGAAUCUCCUCGCCGUCGACCUCAGCCACAACAUACUCUCCGACACCAUCCCCGCGUCUCUCGGCGACUUACCCCAGCUUAAAUUCCUCGAGCUGAACAACAACCAGCUCUCGGGCGAGAUCCCCGCGACGGUCGGGAAUUUAAAGCGCCUUAAGUCUAUUUCCCUCGCGCAUAACCAGCUACAGGGGCGCGUUCCCGCGGGACUUAACUACCUCCGCGAGAGUAACGCCAAGUAUAAUUUCUCCGAGAAUGGGUAUGGCUUCUGCGGGACGGGCUUUAAGGGACUCGAUACCUGCCCUGGCGACCCGCCGUACGUCUCUAAGAAAUCCCCGCCGCCCAAGGUCAAGCCGCCUGUGAAGCCGGUCGUUAAACCGCCCGUCGUUAAACCUCCCGUCGUUAAAUCGCCACCUCCUAAGGUUACCCCGCCGGUGGUCAAGCCCCCGACAAAAACGCCGACUCCAUCGCCGACAAAACCGCUCCCCUUGCCGACAAAACCGCUCCCGUCUCCUGCUAAGAGCCCCGACCCUUCAACCUCCGGGCCUUCCGCCUCGCCGAGUUCCCCCGCGCCGACCGUCUCCCCUUCCCCCGCCAAGCUGUCUUCCCCGCCGUCCUCCCCCUCACCUUCCGCCAAGGCUCCGCCCUCUCCGCCGCCCGCGGACGACCCGCAGCCCGUGCAGCCGCUCAUUCCGCUCUCCCCGCCCCCCGGUUCCGCCGCCCCCUCCGCUUCCGCACCAGCGGACCUCUCCGGCAGCACCGCGGCAGUGGCGGAGGGCGGAAGCAGCGGCGCAAACAGCAGCGAGGGCGGGAGCAGCGAGGGGAGCAGCGGCGGGAGCAGCGGCGGGAUGAGCAUGGGGGUAUACAUUGGGAUUGCCGCGGGAGGCGCGCUGCUUGUGAUUCUGGCGGCGACAAUUAUCGGCUACUGCUGCUGGUGGCGCCCCAAGCAAUCCCGCGCGCGCGCAGCAGCGUACAAGGCAAUACGGAGCAACAAGGACCUCACUCCGCCCCCCGCAAGCAAGUCUAAAAGCAAGACGCGGAGCCCCUCAGCGGGCGGAGAAGCCGGGGGAGGCGCUGGUGGAGCAGCAGCGGCGGUGGCGGGCGCAGCAGCGGGCGCAGCGGCAGGGGCAGCAGUGGCGGGUGCUGGUCGGAGCUCCUCUAAGAAAAAAUCGCCUUCUAAGCGUCAUUCUCCGUCCAAGCACCACCGUAUCGAUAUCGAGUCUGGCAAUAACGGGACGAGUGGGAACCACAAUGGUAGUGGUUACCACUCGGGUUACCACGCCGUUGACGUGCCUCCUGUAACGGUCGUGGAGCUCCCUUCCGAGCCUGCCCUGCGCUCAGGUCCGGCGGAAUCCGCGGCUGCAGCCUCGGCAGUGAGUGCCACAGGUGCGGCAGCCGGAGCUGCGAUCGCAGGUUCGGGAAGCAAGAGCAAGGGCAGGUCCGGCAAGUCCCACUCCCCUUCCCCCAAGAAAGACAGCCCUAGGAGCACUCUUAACGCGGAUAAGGAGAGUGUUGGAUCGUCGCCACGUGGCGACCAGCACGAUCCAACGGGUGCUGGUGGCUCUGCUGCUGUUGGUGCUUUAGGCUCCCGUUCGUUUGGCAGUGGCAGAAGCGGCAGCGAUCGAAAGGCAGUCGCUGCUGCUGCUGCUGUUGCCGCUGCUUCUGGUUCGAGGAGGAGUCCCCAGACCUCUCCACACAAGGCUCGGCCGGAGAGUCCCCGAGCCAGGAAGCCAGGCUCGGGAGCAGCCGAGCCAGAGGCUGUCCCGGGCCGGGAUGGAUCGAGACGAGAGAAGACCGCGCCUAAGACGGAGAGAGCCGGGCACCAGCAGAGCAAGAGCCCUGAGACCAGCCCGUCACCCAAGGGGAAUAAGGACGGGUCAACCAGGCGGGCCAACAACGACAGUGCCAAUGCUGCUGUUGGGAAUGGUGCUGCUGGUGGUGAUGGUGGUGCUGGUGCUGGUGCUAGUGGUGGUUCGCUGGCGCAUGAAGUGCCUCCGCCUGCCAUUCCCCCCUCGGCUCCGCGCAACCGGGACAGCACACCCCCGCGCAUGCCCUCCUGGUCCCGCUCCGGUAACCGUAACUCCCCCUCGCCCGGCGGUGGUAACCACCGGUCCUCCUCGCCGAACCGAGGCUACCACGGGACGCCGCCCAAGCCAGCCGAACCUGUGCCGAUCCUCCGGGAGGAGGGGAUCCCCACAGUGGUGGAAAUCCCGGUGGAUUCUGAUGAGAAUCAAAUCAAAUCUGGAGGAUCUAACCGGCCGGUGCUGAUCCCUCCUGCCGUCCCAAUCCCCCAGCUGAAAUCUAUGGCUGGGGCUGGGCCUAGGAGGCAAGGGAGAAGGGGAGGGGGAAUGGGGGAGGAUGACGUGUCACCCGCUCCCCCGCCGAACGCCAUGAGGCGGAGUGGGCCCGGGGAAGGGAAGGGGGAGGGGGCAGGUGCUGGCGCGGGUAUGGGGGCUGGGACGGCGUCAGUUACCCCCAAGUAUGGGGCGGCGGGGAGAGCGCUUAGAGUGGCGGAUUUGGAGGAGGCGGGGGGAGAGGGGGAGGGGGAAGAUGACGUGGUGGGGGAGCUGAGGAGCAGCAGUCGGAAGUAUGGGAGCGGAAGGGGCUCGGGGGGAGCGGGAGGGGGAAUGGGCGGAAGAGGGGGGGUGUGGAUUCCCCCAUCAGGCGGAUCAGGAGGGGGAGCUGACGUGGCACCAGAGGCAUCAGAUGACGUGGCAGGGGAUGGGAGCGGCGUUGAGAGGUUCUUCACUGUUGCUGAGCUGUCACUGGCGACCAAUGAUUUCGGGCGGCAGUCUCAGCGAAAUGUUUUGGGCACGGGCAGGGACGGCUCGGUGUACAAGGCUCGGCUGCCCGACGGGACGACAGUGGCAGUGAAGCGACUUACCCAGAGAAACCUGGACCAAACUGCGCGGGAGUUCCGGUUCGAGGUGGAGUCGCUGAGCCACGCCCGGCACCCGAACCUGGUGGCGCUGCUGGGGUGCUGUGCGGAGGAGGAGGAGCGCAUGCUCGUGUAUGAGUUUGUGCCCAACGGCUCUCUGGAGGCGUGGCUGCACCAGAGCAGCAACAUGGAGCCCAUCGACUGGCCCAUGCGCAUGCACAUCGCCAUCGGCUGCGCUCGAGGUCUGGCUCACCUGCACGAGGGCCUUGACCUGAAGGUGGUGCACCGGGAUGUGAAGGCCUCUAACGUCCUUUUAGACGCCCAGUGGAACCCCAAGCUAGGAGACUUUGCCAUUGCCAAGGUCAUGGGCCGCGACCAGAGCCACGCCGCCACACGUGUCGUUGGGACCUUCGGAUACGUGGCUCCAGAGUACAUGAACACCGGGCUGCUGACUGAGCGCAGUGACGUCUACAGCUUCGGCGUGCUGCUUCUUGAGGUCAUAUCCGGAAGAAAGCCGAUCGACAAUGGAGCUCCUCCAGACGAGAUGGAUCUGGUGAAGUGGGCGAAGAAGCUGAGCUCUCAGGAGCGGCUGAUUGAGAUUGUUGACCCCCGGCUGCAAGGCCUGGUGUCUCCCGAUGAUGCCGAGUACGUGCUCGGCAUCGCCAUGCGCUGUGUGGAGACCAACGCCCUCAAGCGGCCUCGCAUGACCCAGAUCGUCCACAUGCUGGAGAGUGAAGACCCCAAGCAGAGGGAUGACUGGGUGGCUCGAAGACCUAGCCCUGUGAGUGCCAGGUCACUGACAGUCCGAGAUCCAAGCCCCAGCUAUGCCAAUGGCAACAUGACUGCACCCGGCCGGUCCGAAUCCAGCAGGGCGAGCCCACGACCGCUCUACUCCAACGGCAGGACAGACUCCCUCCGCUCUCUCAGCCCGCGUUGCUCCCUUGCUGCAUCCAGCCCAGGGGCGCCUGAUGUCGGUGCCCUCAUUGCCAAUGCUGCCAUGAGGUCAAGCCCGAGAGCACUGAGCCCACCACCACAACGGCCGAGUCCUGGAGCUCCAAAGGGGGCUUCCCCUAGGUUCAUGAGCCCCCGAGCAGCGAGCCCGAGGUAUGCUUCUCCCAAUGCUGAUGCGGCUAAUAUCAUUGCAAGUCAUGCGAUGAGCAUCAAUGCGCAACGAAGGCCGGGGUCAUGGAGUAGGAGGUAGGUGCCCUUGCUUUUGUAGAGUAGAUGCGAGAUAAACUGGUUGAGUGCUUUUCAUCAGCUCUACCUCGUUGCAUGGCCUUACAAAUGUGACUAACUAAUCAUCCUCGGGAAAACUACUAGAAGAAAAAGACAUAAUCCUGAACACCAGUCUUAGUUCUGCCACUGUUACUUGAACCUCAAAUGUA